CUGCGAUAUCAGCAUCACCUCUGAUUGAGGUGGCAUGGAGGCAACGACCAUCAAAUAGUCUUGCUUCGGCUCCCCAUCUGAGUCGACCAUGAUGGCAGGCGCUACCUCGAACGGGAGCGCCUCGUCUUUACCCCGCAUCCUCAUCGUCGAUCACUUUGACUCAUAUACCCUCAAUAUCCUCUCACUCUUGUCCGCGAUAGCAGGCGGUUCUGACGAAGAACUAUCGCACCGAGUCGUCGUGUUGCCGCAUACACAUCGCCUUCUGGCCUCGCAAGACAUGUUCCAGCAGAAGCUGCUUCCGCACUUUGAUGCGGUGAUUCUGUCCCCGGGACCUGGCUCGCCUGACAGGAGGGCAGACUUCGGCUUUGGCUUUGAGUUUCUGCAGCGGGCAGAGCUCUAUGGCAUACCGACCCUUGGAGUCUGCUUGGGCCAUCAAGGCAUUUCGGUAGCUUUCGGGGGGUCAGUGAAGAGGGCAAAGUCUAUCCAACAUGGAACUGCCAGCCAAUUACGCUUUCCAGGUGGAGAAAAGACCGGCAAUGGGCUCUUCGAAGGAGUGAUGGCAGGCACAAUGGUGACGCGCUACAACAGUCUGACAAUCGAGUCCGAAGACUUGCCAGAUUGUCUGGAAGUCACCGCAUACGCCGAUGACCUCCCCAACACGGUCACAACGCCCUCUCCAUCCUCGGACUUGAUGCGCAGCAGAGCCACCUCUCCGCACAUGGUCACCUCGGAACGGUCGAUCAUGGGUGUAGCGCACAAGACUCUCCCUCUGUGGGGUGUGCAAUUUCAUCCUGAGUCGAUUGAAUCUCAAGCUGGGGUAGUAAUUUUGAGCAAUUUCCUCCGAUUCACGCAAAAUUGCGUAGCGUCGUCCUUCUCUUCGACGCCCACCCCUACAUUUGCUUCCUCGAGCAGCUUUGGUAUACCUGCGUCAAUUGUCGCCGAAGGCCAAAGAUACGUAGCCGCUGCUAGCGGAAGCGAGGUCAACGGACCCGAGAUGUCUGUCAAGCCACCACUGCAAAUACUAGAGCAUCUCUUUGAAAUUGAGGCAUCUCCUGCGAGAUCACCUGAACCUGAGGAAGCCAUCUUCCACAACCUCUUUCGCUCAGGUAGCUCCGGCUCAAUCUGGCUGGACUCAGCUCGAAGAGGCGACCCUCAAGCAAAGAACUCCUACAUGUCUCGGCCUAGCUUCACAUUGUCGUAUCAGCGAUCCACAUCAGAGGUGAUGCUCGCUGAGCAGAUCUCAUCUGCGAAUCCGGCCAGGGUCGAGACAGAAGGGCACACCAGCUUCUGGUCAUACAUGAAUGCGCUGCAAAAGGAGCUGCAUCAUGCGGUUCGGGUCAAAGACAUCGACGAGGCAUCUCGAUCGAACCUCUUCCGCAUUGGCUUCGUCGGUAACUGGGGCUUUGAGAUGAAAGACGAGUCACUGGGCUUGGACGAGGACGAAACAAUAUCUGCCUCACCCUGCGAUUCUAACGGCAGGGAUGCAGCUUCUGUCUUCGGCUUCUGCGAGGCUGUGUUGCGAUACGACCAUCUGCACGGCCGUUGGUGCGCGUCUGUGCUAGUCCGCAGAACAGAAUGUCAGAAGGAGACGCUCACGAGCUCACCUCUGUUGCAGGAGCUGCGCCGUGUACGAGGCAAAGAGAUUGGUCUGACUGCCGAAGAGGCGCACGCUUGGAUCGAAAGGGUGCAGAAGACCCUUUCGGCAGCAGCCAGAGGCAUGAUGCCCGUGAUCUCUGCGAAAGGGCAUGCUCUACCACGCCUGCGCCCCCUCGACUCGCCGAAUGACUACAAGGCAAAGGUGGAGGCCGCCAGAGCUCUGAUUGCGCAAGGGGAGAGCUAUGAGCUUUGUCUCACCACACAAUUCGUGGGCCAGCUGUCUACGGGGGAGCCGAGCGACCCUUUCGCCAUCUAUCGAGCUCUGCGCGCCAAGAACCCAGCGCCGUACUCGGCAUUCAUCGAUCUUCGGACUGGCGCUGCUGGCGACAAGGUGAUCCUUAGCACCUCUCCAGAGCGUUUCCUGUCGAUGACAGCCCAAGGUCAGGUGGAGAUGAAGCCGAUCAAGGGCACACUUCCCAGGGCUGGCUUUGGGCGCGGAGAAGCCAACCUUCUAGCGUCCAAAGGACCCCGCUGGGCCGAGCAGGAAGAUGCUCUCCGUCGGACAAGGCUCGAAGCUGACCCCAAGGAGCGUGCCGAAAACCUAAUGAUCGUCGACCUGAUCCGGGCGGACUUGAUGUCCUUCUGCUUGCCCUCUUCCGUAAGAGUGCCAACGCUGAUGCAGGUGGAGAGUUACGAGAGUGUCCACCAGCUGGUGACGACAGUGCAGGGUGUGGCAAAGAAGAAUAUCGGGCCCGUCGAGGCGCUCCGCAGAUGUUUCCCUCCCGGCUCCAUGACAGGAGCGCCCAAGCGACGCAGCGUCACGCUGCUUGAGCGACUCGAGGGGAAGAGUCGUGCUGCUGAAGGGCAGGAGUGGAAGUUGCAGCACAGACCGCGAGGCGUCUAUUCUGGCGCCCUCGGAUGGAUUGGUGUGGACGGAGCGGCCGAUUUCUCCGUCGUCAUACGCACUGCCGUCGUGGAACAAGACGGGACGAUCUCAAUCGGGGCUGGAGGAGCGAUCACGUACCUGUCCGAUGCGGACAAGGAGUGGGAGGAGGUAUUGCAAAAGGUUUCUGCGUUGGCAGAAGUAGACUUGAGUUGACAUAGAUAGCCGCUGCUACAUAGACUAUCCGACCCUUUGUAAUUAGACUGAUAUCCCUCCAUUUAUCAUGACAGUAAUAGUACACAACCUUUGGGACCAGCCUUCUCGAUUGCUGAAAGCGUUACCAUCUCUCAAUAUCUCUUGGUCUGGCUUCAUCCCUCUCGUCCUUUCUGUCACUCUGUCUGUAGUCCCCUCGUCCGCCUCUAUCCCGAUCC